AUGGUGUCGGAACUGUACGGUAUGGUGAGUGUUACGAGUCGCGUUCUCGGCUCGCUAAGACGAUCGAGAAAGCUACCAUCCGGGAAGGAUGGUAAUGUGCAGGAGAACGGAUCGCAGCAAGCAACGAUCACAUCGCCGGCCGACGUACCGAAGGUGGCCAUCUUUACCAUUGAUGAUGUAUCGGCAGAUCAGAGUUGGACUACUAUUGAUCUCGAAUCGGGAUAUGAUGACCUUACAGUGCACGGCGAACGGUUAGAUGCCGACAGUCACCUGACCAGGGAUCCGCUUCCUCGACUGGAGCAUUACCGCACCUCGCAGAAAGCGAUCCGACGACCCUCGAUCGGUGAGCUGCACGGAGAUCUCGACGAGCAGGACUCGGAAGCGCAUCAAAAACAUGACCAACACCCAACCGGCACUGAGCACGGCGUCCGGUUAGGAUGGAUCCAGGGUGUAUUGAUACCGUGCCUGCUUAACAUCUGGGGUGUGAUGCUGUUUCUGCGCCUUAGCUGGAUUUUGGCGCUGGCCGGCAUACUGGAGACGCUGCUCAUCAUCGGACUUUCGUAUCUGGUGUGCGUGAUAACAACACUGUCACUUUCCGCCAUCUGCACCAACGGUGAAGUGAAGGGUGGCGGUAUCUACUACCUCAUAUCACGCUCCCUGGGUCCAGAGUUUGGUGGUGCGGUCGGUAUAGUGUUGGCCUUUUCCAACUCCGUGUCGGCGUCGAUGAACACGAUCGGGUUCUGCAGUUCGCUCAAUCAGCUGCUUGGUAGCUUUGGUGUGAAAAUCAUUGACGGCGGUGUGAAUGAUAUGCGAAUUGUCGGCACGGUUACGAUCCUGAUCAUGGUGAUCAUCUGCGCCGUCGGUAUGGAUUGGGAAACGAAGGCACAAAACUUUCUCGUGAUUGCCAUCGUGAUCGCAAUUGGCGGAUUCGUGCUGGGCGUGCUGCUAGGGCCCCGAACGGACAACGAUCGGGGCAAGGGAUUUACCGGCGUGUCCGUUGAACGGUUCGUGGACAACCUUGGUCCGGACUAUCGAUACAGCGAAGGCAUCGAGCAGGAUUUCUUCAGUGUCUUCGGGAUAUUCUUCCCGAGCGUGACGGGUGUCCAGGCAGGUGCCAACAUCUGCGGAGAGCUGAAAGAUCCGGCUACGGCCAUACCGAAGGGCACACUGUUGGCGCUUCUCAUUUCCGGCAUCUCGUACGUAGCGUUCGUGUUGUUGGCCGGUUCGGCAAGCUAUCGCGAUGCAUCGGGUGAUCUGCUGGAUCUAGUGAAUGGAACAUUUGCCACCUGUCAACCGACACUUCGCGAGGAACCGUGCAGUUAUGGACUGCACAACGACUACAACAUCAUGCAGCUGAUGGCGAUUUCGGGUGCGGUUAUCUAUGCCGGUUGCUUUGCCGCCACCCUCUCGACGGCGCUAACGAACCUCCUAUCGGUUCCACGCAUCAUACAAGCGCUCGGAACCGACCGGCUCUAUCCGGGGCUGACGUACUUCGCCAAAGGGUACGGCAGACGUAACGAACCGUAUCGCAGCUACGCGUUGGUGCUGUGCGUAUCGGUACUGUUUGUUCUGCUGGCGAACCUUAACCUCAUCGCUCCGCUCAUUUCCAACUUUUAUCUCGCAUCUUACGCACUGAUCAAUUUCUGCACGUUUCAUGCGGCCACCGUAAAACCGAUCGGCUGGCGGCCCACCUUCCGGUUCUACAACCAGUGGGUCAGCCUGUUCGGUACGGUGCUGUGCGUGUUGAUCAUGUUCCUGAUCGAUAUCAUCUCCACCGGCGUCACCAUGGUGCUGAUCUUCGUGCUGCAUUUGGCCGUCAUAUACCGCAAGCCGGACGUGAACUGGGGUUCGACAACGCAAGCGCAGAGCUACAAGAGUGCCCUGUCCGCCGCACUCAAGCUGCAGUGCGUUGGCGAUCACGUGAAGAACUAUCAUCCGUCCGUGUUGGUCCUGUCGGGACAACCGGCCAGCAGACCGGCACUGGUCGAUCUCGCCCAUCAAAUAACGAAGAACCAAGCGCUGCUGAUAGUGGGCGACAUCGUACGGGAUCGAUUGUCACACCGUAAGCGCGAACUGCGGUCGAGCGAGAGCUGCAGCUUUUUGGAGUCGCGAAAGAUACAAGGCUUCUACCAGCAGAUCGAUGGCAUUGGGAUGGAGAAAGGUGUGCGCGCGUUGAUACAAACGUCCGGCGUUGGCAAACUGUCCCCCAACAUCGUUCUGGUGGGCUACAAAGCCGACUGGAUGCGAUGCCCCGUGCAAGAGCUGCAGACUUACUACAAUGUACUGAACGAUGUGUUCGAUAACCGGAUGUCGCUGGCCAUCUUGCGGCUUCCAAACGGACUUGAUUUCUCCCAUCUGACUGGUGACAUAACAUCCAGUGGUAGCCUUGGAACAAUCGCAAAUGACUCCUUAUCGAGCUUCCAACAAAUUAUUGACACUGUGCCACCUGCUGCUAACAAGCUUAUGUACGUCGAUUCAAACCUUGGUUUGAAAAGUGUGAAGAAUUUUUGGCGACGUCCCUCAAACACCAGUCGCGACAGUAUUGCCUAUUCCACACGUAAUGGAUCCUGCUUGGCAGUGGAGCUACACGAACGAUUGAACGUCUUUCGGCACAAACAACCGAAAGGUACGAUCGAUGUCUGGUGGCUAUACGAUGACGGUGGGCUUACGAUGCUCAUCCCGUACAUCCUUUCGUUGCGCUCCAAAUGGGCCCACUGUCAAGUGCGUGUGUUUGCCAUCACCAACCAGCAGAAGGAGUUAGAGCUGGAGCAGAAGAAUAUGGCAGAUUUGUUGGCGAAGCUACGAAUCGACUACUCCUCGCUGAUCAUGCUGCAAGACGUCACGAAACCUCCGCAAUCGGAAACGGUGAUGAUGCACCAGCAGCUACUAAAAAGCUUUGACCACAUGCCAACCCAGCUGACCCCACCCGAACUAAGCUCACCGGAACGGAUUAUGCUUGCGGAAAAAACUCACCGACAGUUACGACUGCGAGAAAUGCUUCUGGAGCACUCUGCCGAGGCAAAACUGGUCGUAAUGUCUAUGCCAAUGCCUAGGAUGGGUACUGUUUCAGCUCCCCUGUAUAUGUCCUGGCUGGAGAUGCUCUCGAAAGACAUGCCACCGAUGUUACUCGUGCGAGGCAACCAAACAUCCGUAUUGACAUUUUAUUCUUAG